UCUUCUUCUUUUUUUAAAUCAAAAAUACAGCUGUAGAUGUUGUUAAUAUUAUCCCUAUUUAGAGCUCAGCUGAUCAUCAAAAUGGAAUUUCACUGCUCUAUAGUUGCACUCAAGAGGUCAGAUAAUUAUUUGCUGGACUGAUUGGUGAGAAAUAUAAGGUGUCAACUUUUGGGUUUCAAUCAUCUGGCAUCCCAGGGGGGUUAGAGACAGCAUGGAGUAGUGUGGGAGUAAGUAAUGCUAUCAUUGGGCCAUGAACGUGAUCCUUGUGCCACAAUUGCUUUGAUUAUCUUGCAGUGGGACACAUGUGCUGUAGGCCUAUACAUGGUGUGUGCCACCUGUGGAAAAAGCCUGAACUGGUAAUCCAGUUGUGCUUGCUGCAGUGUCAAAUGCACGUCUUCCUACAGUGCUGAAAUGAAGGGCAGAUCAUGUAUUGGCAUAAUUUGAAUGGCUGGCAUUUAACACCUAGAAAAAUACAUUCUGUAGUUCAGCGGUGGUCCGUUGCGCACCGAUUAAAAACGAUUGUCCUUGUAAAGGGAUGUGUGCGCGCGUUGCAGUUGUGUAUGAGGGACCUGCCACUCUCACACGCCUCCAAAAUAACUCCGCGGCGGUGUUCCAGCUAUGUGUAGCCUUGUAUAUAGACGUGCAGUCGCUGCCAUAUAGCAGGGAUGGUUAAUAAUAGGAGCGCGGUUGUCAGGCCCCAUCCGCGGGGCGAAGUGUCGGCCUGCUCUUAUUGGAUCCGUGUUUUUUUCCACGAGUUUCUCGUGAAGUGCUGGUGGGAGGAGAAUUUCCAGCAAGUAGGGAUAUCAGAAAUAAACCCCGUCAUGUCCCAGGGAAGAGCGGAACGUAUAAAUACCCCUGAUGCGUCCAGACUGCAGUGCUGCUCAGAGGAAUAAAGAAAGCCUUCCUCAGACAGAUCAGAUCAUAAACAGAGGACUGACUGGGAGUUUGGGCAAGGAUAUUAUUUGGACCGCCGAGAACGCACCCCUUCCUGAACAUAAAGCUGUGUUUUUUUUCCCACCGCACCAAUCUUUGCUGCAUUGUGUCAGAAGAUGUGCAUCACGGUGUGCUUCGUCUCUUUGCUUUUCUGCUUAGUCAACGCAGCACUUGCCUCUCAGUUUGAAUCGGAUGAUGUUGUGCCUGUUCGGAUUAACGGCAGAGUCAGCGGGCGCUUCUGGAAGAGAAGUGAGGAGAACCCAAUAUUUACCCUGAGAGCGUUCGGCAGGGACCUGACUCUCAACCUCAUCCCGGACUCUAGCUUCUUGUCGCCCUCCUUCACCAUCCAGCGCGUCAGAGCCAGAGAAGUGGGCGCUUCGCGCAGCGCCCCAGGUGCCCGACCUGACCUAAACUCCGACCUGCGGGACUUUAUGAACCGGACAGAAGAUAGCGCUGGACGCCUGCAGAGCUGCUUUUUCUCCGGUAACGUGGAUCAGGACGAGAACUCGCUCGUGGCGGUCAGUCUGUGCUCGGGCAUCUUUGGCUCCUUCAUCACGGAGGGGACGGAGUAUGUGAUCGAGCCCAAACUCCGCGGCAGCCUGGGGUCGGACUCUGCCGAGCAGCUGCAUGUCAUCAGGAGGAGGAUACUCGCCGAGAGCCCCGGAGUUCCCCUCCUGUUUGAUGGCUCUGCGGAGGCGCACGGAGCGGAAAGUUUUACGCGCGGCGGCGGUGACGCACGGGGGGAAGCUCGCCGGAGACGCUUCGUUUCAGAGCCACGCUUCAUAGAAACCCUGGCCGUAGCAGACUCAACCAUGACCCACUUCUAUGGAGAUGAAAUAAAGCACUACGUCCUCACCCUCAUGUCCAUGGCGGCCCAGCUGUACAAGCACCCCAGCAUUAAGAACUCCGUGAACAUAGUGGUGGUGAAGCUGCUGGUGGUGGAGGACGAGGAGGUUGGACCGGAGAUAUCCAGCAACGGAGGCGUGGCCCUGCGGAACUUCUGCUCCUGGCAGCAGCUCUUCAACCCACCGAGCCAAAGGCAUCCAGAGCACUACGACACGGCCAUGCUGUUCACUAGAGAGGAUAUCUGUGGACAGAAGAGUUGUGACACGCUGGGUGUGGCAGAUGUCGGGACAAUGUGCGAUGCCAAGAGAAGCUGCUCAGUUAUUGAGGACAACGGACUGCAAGCUGCAUUCACUGCUGCUCACGAGCUCGGACACGUUCUGAGCAUGCCCCACGAUGACUCCAAGACAUGUGAGAAGCUAUUUGGAGAUCUGGGAGGACAUUACCUGAUGGCUCCUCUGUUUGUCAGCCUCAACAAAUCAGCACCUUGGUCUCCCUGCAGCGCUCUCUACAUCACUGAGUUCUUUGACAACGGCCAUGGAGAUUGCCUCCUGGAUGUCCCUGAGAGCGCCAUCCCCCUGCCACGGGAGCUGCCGGGCACCCUGUACAGCCUGGAUGAACAGUGUCAGCAGAUCUUUGGGGAGGAAUUCGUCCACUGCCCCAACACGUCAGAAAGCGAUAUCUGCCGCCAGCUGUGGUGCCGAGAGGAUGGUACGCCGCAGUGCUCCACCAAGAACGGCAGCCUAACCUGGGCCGAUGGCACUCCCUGCCGGUCCGAUGGGACCUGUCUACACGGAGCGUGCAGGAUGACAGAAGAAGUGAUGCAGCCACUGAUGGUUGUGGAUGGCAGCUGGAGCUCCUGGGGACCGUGGCAGCAGUGCUCCAGGACGUGCGGAGGUGGGGUGGAGUUCUCCCACCGGGAGUGCACUGACCCCGUGCCUCAGAAUGGAGGGAAGUACUGUGAGGGACAGCGGGUUCGCUACCAGUCCUGCAACACAGAGUCGUGUGACACCAGUGAAGGUAAAAGUUUCAGAGAAGAGCAAUGUGAGAAAUACAACAGCCCUAAUUACAUGGAUCACAAUGGGAAUAUGAAACAAUGGAUCCCCAAGUAUGCUGGAGUUUCCCCCAGAGAUCGCUGUAAGCUGUUCUGCAGGGCAAGGGGAAGCAGUGAAUUUAAAGUGUUUGAAUCAAAGGUGAUUGACGGGACAACCUGCGGCCCCGACACCACAUCGGUGUGCGUUCAAGGCCAGUGUGUGAAAGCGGGCUGCGACCAGGUGAUUGGAUCCAGCAAGAGGGUGGAUAAGUGUGGAGAAUGUGGAGGAAACGGGCUCAGCUGCAGAAAGAUCACAGGCUCCUACAACAAAGCAACCUAUGGCUACAGCGACGUUGUCACGAUUCCUGUUGGUGCUACCAACAUUGACAUCAAGCAGAGGAGCCAUGGAGGAAUCAAGCAUGAUGGGAUCUACCUGGCUGUGAAAAGAGAGAGUGGGGCUUACGUCCUCAAUGGUAACUACUCUGUAUCCACAGUGGAGCAGGACAUCCCCGUACUGGGAGCAGUGCUGAAGUACAGCGGCUCCUCCACCACACUGGAGAGGAUCCAGAGCUUUAGGCAGCUGAAAGAAGCCAUAACAAUUCAGGUCCUGGCCACGGGAGGGGAUGCAAAUCCCCCCAAGAUCAAAUAUACCUUUUUCAUCCCUAAGGAUGUGACGUUUACCAAAUCCAAAGAGAAGAAGAGCUCAUACUUGUCUUUGCAUAUUAUCAGCGACGCCCCUGACUGGGUGCUAGGAGAGUGGUCCGAGUGCUCCAAGAGCUGUGGUUCUGGAUGGUCCAGGAGGAGCGUUGAAUGCCGAGACAGCGACGGCUUUCUCUCCAGCCAGUGUGACAAAGAGCUGAAGCCCACAGACAUCACGCCUUGUGGGGAUCUACCGUGUCCCAUUUGGCAGAUGGGUCCUUGGUCUGCCUGCUCACGAACUUGCGGCCAGGGUGAGCGGCGCCGGAGCGUGUUCUGCAUAGACUACACAGGCAAGACCGUAGAACCAGAGAUGUGUGAUCCGAACAAAAUUCCAGAGCCUGUCUCUGGGGAAUGUAACAACUAUGACUGCUUAUGAAGAACACGAUUAGAGUGAACAUUCCUUUUUUCGGUCGGAGUGCACAUACAAAUCCAGGAUGGAAUAGUGAAUGGGAGCACCAGGAGCAGACAUUUUGGCACAAACAGCUACAGAUGUUGGAUGACUUAGACUCUAAGUGUUAGAGAAAAGUCAUCAACCUUCAAUUAAAAACAAUUGCUAAACAACUCAAAUCUACAGCCACCUUGGUUUUAUUUCUAAGAAUCUGAAAAAUGUGCUUACCUGCACUGCAGGUGAUGUAUCUAAUGACUGAAGUGUGUUGGAUAGACUUGUACAUGUCUAUAAUCCCUGGAUUUACUAUCUUACGAUCUGUCCAUGUUGCCAGAUAGUUUCAUCAAGUGACAUCAAAGGCUGUUACCUAUAUGAAAGUUUUCUUUUGUUGACAUUUGACAACCACUAUUAAGAUUACAAAUAAUGAAAAUCUACCUCAGGAUGUGCAUGUGAUGUUAUGUGUAAAUGCUAGUUCUAGAUGCAGAGUAGGAGUUCCUCUAGAACGAGAUUUAAAAAACAAAGGAUUCAUUAUAGGAAUUAUUUUGGCAUAAUUUGAAAUUUAUCUUCUAGAGUUAGAUGCCAAUUUAAGUGGGCCCAGAACAUUAGCAUGAAACCUGCUGUCAAAAGCCAAUACUGAGUAUGUAUACCUCCAUCCAUCCUUCACUGCACCUAAUAAGCUAGAGAGCUUUAAUCGAGCCAUCUGUCACCUGUCCAGGUAGCCAUGUAAGAUUGAAGCAUGAGGCUUUCCAACCUUGGAGAAUAGUUUUCAUCUCUGGUUGCUUUUUUACUAUUUACAUCCACAUGGGAUGUGUUAAAAGCAGCUCUGGGCCACCUCACCCCUUCGUCAAUUCAUACCCCCCCCCCCCACACAUUACCAGUUCACCCCUUCUCAUCUCCACAUACCUAUGUACUUAAACCACUGCAUCCAUAUUUCCUUUGGAGAUAGUCAUAAAAAUGCA